AUGACCACUCGCAAUACGCGAUACUGGCGCAAGUUUCUGUCAAAUCUACUAACUUCUUCUAAUGUCUUGAAUGAGAUCACUCAACGAUCCUCCGCAUACGAUGGUGUGUGCGUUCUUACACUUUCAGGCCGUGUCGUUUACCGUGACGGCUGCUUUCAUGCUGCGUCCUUGUCGUCGGAUUCUUUGGAUAUAGUAGAUCCUUUGCAAAUCUUGGCUCUAUUUGAUCACGUCACGCGUCAGGCCAUUCAGAAGGAAAGACAUGUGGAAAGUGUCACACCCGCUCUACGAAUAGGUCUCCAUGUCUUCCAUAUUGUCUCCACUACCUGCUCAAGUAUUUGCGCUGUCACGUGUGGCAAAACUCGUGGUCUUGUGGUAGAAAAGCUUCCGUUUGGCGUCUUGGUCGUGGCCUUUUCGGCUCCAUUGCGGCUUGAGACGGUCUUUCGUCAUUUAGAUGAUGCAUGUGCUGCUCUGCGACUCUAG